AUGACAAGCCUCGAAAAUAUGGAUGGCUUCGUGCUCGACGAGUUAAUGGACUUCAUCCAGGCAUCCGACGAGCUCGCACUGCCUACAGCACUAACAUUGGGUGAUCUGGACCAAAAUACUCUAUUGGGUGACACUGGGUCUCUCUUCGACUCGUCGCACCGACAACGAUCGAAAGAUGCCAUACGACGUAGCGAAUACCGUAAGCGCCAGAAGGCCGAAAAGGAAGCUCUACGUCGAGAAAUCGACGAAUUGUCAGCGAGACUCGACAAGUUACAGGACGCGCCAGGUGAUGGGAGCUUGUCCCCGUCUACCGACGACGCGCUGUCGAGUUGCUUGUGGAAAGCAAUUGCUAGUCGACAAAAAGACCACAGAGACGCUGCUGAAGAGGAGCAACUGCAUCUUCGAGCAGCAAUCACCUCACGUGCCACUUUAAUCGAAGACUUGUGUGGCUUCCUGAGGAAGCGCGUUCACGACGGAUCGAUUACUAACAGCGAGUUUGAAGACGCCCCUCGACUGCAAAAGCGAAUGCGUCUCGAGCCAACAGACUCUGCUCUAUUUGAGACGUUCAUUCAGGAGCUUCACACUGUUUACUUACAAACGGAUGAAGUUACUAAAGCAUGCGAACAGGCGGAGACUCCGUCCAUCACCAAGCACAAGGACGGAGCGACAGAGUACUACCAGCACGUUGAGCGACAAACAAUGCCGUUCAAGUUCCAGCGGACGUGCAAUUCAGUAUGGCAUUUGGCGCAACUCAAGCACCGGCAAGAAGACCGAGAGAUCUACGAAGGCGUAGAAGACCCGGAGAACACAAUGGCGAUGAAGUUUCGCGUCACAAGUCGUCGAAUGGGCGAAACGGUGUCGCUGCUACAGCGAGUUGUGGUUCGUCGAUAUCAGGAGAUCAGCCGAGUCGUGGUGGUCUGGAAAGUGUUUACAGAAGGCGAAGGACUGUUCCGAGGGAUGCAUUCGGACGAAACGGGAUGGGGCGUCAUUCGACCGUCCACCACUAGUGACGCCACGGGGACGAUUCUUGACACGUGUUUCCGGAACGUGCCCAUGCAUUUUAGCAAUUCCUCGACGUGUACACCUGUCGUCAAUGAGUUUACAGACAUGGUCGUGCGGACGGGAGAGGAGGAGAACUUCACAGUUAUGAAGGCUCUGGAGAAGAUGCUACUUGAUGACGCGCUAGCUGAUGUAAUCACCUAA